AUGCUAGUGUGCGCGUCGGGGGCGACCACGCCCAGAAACGACGGUAACGAGGAGGAGGAGGAGGAGGAGAAGGAGGAGGAGGAGGAGGAGGAGGAGGAGGAGGAGGAGGAGGAGGAGGAGGAGGAGGAGGAGGAGGAGGAGGAGGAGGAGAAGAGAGAAGAGUGUUGCAGAGAGAGAGAGACAGUGGAAGAGGAGGGGUCGAGAGGCAACUAUUGA